GAUAGCAUGGUGUUAAAUUAAAUGAGUUAUUAGCUUAAUUCCUGUGCACUGUUGAGUUAGCCGCCACCACCUGAGCACGGUGUUAGUUGCUCAGGGCGGGGCAGACGAAGGGCAGCGGCGGCGCGUGAGCGGGGCUCGAACAGGAGCAUGUGCGUCUGAGCAGAACCUGGCAGCCAGCAGCAGCAGACUAGCUGCGGCUCAGUGUGUCUCCGGCAGGUGUCGCUGAAGGGGACGUGAAACAACGUUGGCAGUGCAGUGCUCGCGCUGCUGCUUUUGUCGCUCCGGUUGGUGGUGAUGUUAGGGUAAUGAGAUAGUGGUAAUGAGGCGGCAAGUGAGCCCCACGGGAACUUAUUGACCCUACUGUACCUACGUAAACUACGCUCUUAUUUCUCCGUAUUUUACUACUUUUAAGUGAUUUCUGACAUUCGUGUAAACUUUCACAGCAAAUAUGAGAACUUUUUUGCUCCCAGAUUGUGAUGUGUAACUUACUUUUCAACAAAAGGGUUCCUAGAGUUUGAAUUCCUUUAUUUAUUAUCAAUGUUUAAAUACACGUAUAUAACAUAUACAUAUCUGACAUACGACGUUUGGAAAAAUCUUUCAUAGUAGAUAAACAAUUUCACGGUGCCUGACUCCAUAUUUAGUUCCCUCAGAGGAAGAAUAGUGGAUCUUAUAAAUAUUUACAACGUCUGGCCUUACACCAUGAUCUCCCUCCUUCGUCUACUUCUGCUGUUGUUGUGGACUGCUUCGACCACACUCGCUACUGAAGAAGCGCCUCUGGUGGCAGUAUACGCGGUACGAGGCCAGACUGUGCACCUGCCAUGCAACUUGACGUCACAGCCUGCAGACCCCGUGAUACUGGUCCUCUGGUACAAGAACGGCACAAAGACUCCAGUUUUCAGUGUGGACUCCAGACCGCGGGGUCAGCAGAAAGGGGCAGGAAGUUCCCGCUCCUCGGACUUCUUCCGGGGUCGUGCGGAUAUUCACCAGCACCAGGGAUGGAGGUGGACGCUAGUGGUGCGUAACGUAGAGUUCCGGGAUCAUGGCGAGUACCGCUGUCGCCUCGACUUCCAGUCUUCCCCUACACACAACGCCAGAGUGCAGCUGCAUGUUGUUGAUUUGCCCCAGCAGCUCCGCAUCUACAGUCCUGGAGGAGCUCUGGUAGAGGAUGUGGCUGUGGUGCAGGAGGGUCACCCACUCACCCUCUCCUGCAGAGCCACAGGAGGUCAACCGCUACCAAACGUCACCUGGUGGUCGGGGUCAACACUGCUGGACUCAGAGGUGGAGGAAAGUCAGGAGAGUCGUCCCUCCCUCACCACGCCCACCAUCACGCCCACAGCAUCCUACGCCACCAAUACCUUGCGUCUAGAUGCUGUCACCCGCGCCCACAUCACGCACAACCUCACUUGCAGGGCGGCCAACACACCUGUCCUCUCCUCAUUAAAAGCUUCCGUACUGCUGAGAGAGAUAGACACGGAACUGAAGGUAGAGAUGGAGACUCCGGCGGGGAAGCUGUCAGGGGGUCGUCAGUACGACAUGAGGUGUGAAGCCUCUGGAGUGAGGCCACCACCUGUGCUCACCUGGUGGCUCAGGGACCAACAGCUAACUCACAACAUCCACGUGCAGAGUUUGGGAGUGGACUCGACGGUAUCUCUGCUGCGUCUGCUGGCUACUGCUGGCGACGACGGAGGUCUGCUGGAGUGUCGCGCUGCUGCCCCUACACUGCCACAUCUCUCAGCAACAGACUCCAUCAGGCUCACCGUGCACUAUGUUCCAGAAGCAACCAUCACCAUCGCGGGCGUGGGCGGCGGGGGCGAAGUGGGCGGGUUUAGAGCGGGGGACUCUGCCACUCUUGUGUGUACCGCCCGGGCCAACCCUCCUGCAUACAACGUUACCUUCAUGUUUAACGGCCGGGCUUUGCUGCGUUCCAACCUCGUCAGGAGCGACUGGAACUUGACCCUCCUGCAUCUGGGUCACCAGGACGUGGGUCUGUACACCUGCGUGGCUUCCAAUCCUGAAGGGGAUGGCCAGAGCAACGCUGUAGCACUCCACAUCGACUAUGCGCCGGUGUGUGAGUGGGAGGGAGCGAGGGAGGUGCUGGCGGUGGUGGGGGAGAAGGUGGAGAUGGAGUGUCGUGUGAGGGCGUCUCCACCACAGGUCUCCUACACCUGGGAGAGUCUCAUCGUCUCCAAUAGUAUGAAUCAGGUACGGACGUCACUGCAGCAUCAUGACACAGGACUGACGUCCUCUGGCUGGAUGAAGGCUGACAACGUCAGCAGUGGGGCUCAGAGAGCAGAAUGUCAGCCCAGCAAUGAAGUUGGAUCAGCUGACCGUCCCUGUGUCUUCACCAUUCUGCUCGUAGAGCCGCCGAGCACGCUGAUUGGUUGUUACUAUCAUGACGUAACGACGGACUCAGCAGCUGUCACCUGCUCUCCAGGACCAACCUCCAGUCAGCUGCCUGAGAUAUUCCAUAUUGAGUCAUCACCCUUAAUUAACUUACUUCUCCCUCCAUCAGAGCUGCUGACGACCUUCUCACCUGGUCCUGUGGUAGUGACACAGCUCAACCCUGGUAGAUCUUCAAGACGAGCUUCCACCCUCAGCGCCCCCGGCGGCAGUUCCCCCAGGGACUUUCACCGCAGAGCCCCCUCUGUCAGUGGAGACCCAGUACAUGUACUGGAAGUGGAAGAUGAUGAUAUCACCACUCCAAGAGUGGAAAUACACUCGCCUUCCAGGUUGCCGAGGAUCAACUUAACAAGCGAGGACCUCAAAGGGCAAGACUCGCCUCCCUUGCUAUCCCUGCGGUGUGAGCCUCUGCAACAGGCUUUGUCGCAAGCCAGACCUCAGGUGUCACCCCAGCCAGAGCUCGAGUCAGGCAGUUCAGAGCAGCAGGCAGAGACCCACACAGCGCUCGAUGCCGAGACGCAGACAGGUGACCUGGAGCUUUCUCCAGAGGCUCAUGCUCAACAUUUUACCCAGUCACACUCACUUACACAAACUCAUCCCAUGACCCAUAUUCAUUCCAUACCCCAGGUUUACCCCACGCCCCAGGUUCACUCCACACCCCAGGUUCAAUCCACACCCGAGGUUCACCCCACAACCCAUAUCCACCCUACAACCUAUAUCCACCCCACAACCCAGGUUCAUCAAACUCAUCAGGCCCAACCGUCAUGCCAGGUUCAGUCUACAUCCCAAGCUCAUCCCACAACUUUGGUCCACCUAACGCCACAGACUCAUUCCACAACACACCUUCACUCUCAGCUCCAGACUGACACUCUGCUUGCCAUCCAGUCGUCCACUGCCACUCUGCCCCACACUGCUACACUGCCUAGAUCCACAUUCAAAUCCCACCACACUGGCACUACUCCACAACUUGCACUCCUUUCUCAGCCAGCUCUAUCACAACAGCACACAGGGGCAGUCCCACGCCCUGCAACCCACGCUUACACAGGCACUGCCUCCCAACAGUGUGCCACCACACUACCCCGUGGUCUCACCCUCUCCCAGUUAGCAUCACAGGUGCACUCAGUGCCACAAGACACUUCCUGGCAUCAGUGCCAGCCAACGCCUCAGCAACUCUCAGCGCCACAAGCGCACCUACUACUCAGACCCCCAGAGAAUGAACCCCCAGCGCAUCAUCAACCACAAGCUCAACCGUUAACACUUACAGAGCGCAGUCUUCACCCUGACUCCGUCACACAUCAACACCUCAUCCCACCUGACAACACUUCAAUAAAUCUUUUUACAACUUUUCGGUAG